CCCGACACCCCGCCAGCCAACAUCUCCCCAGCCCGAUCGAGCUCUCUCCGUUGCCUGUUGCUCUACUCUGCGUGGCCUUUGCCUCCAGAGCGCAGACAUUGAUUGCUACAAUACCCGCCUCAAACCUACCUACGCACAAGCGUCAAGGCGGGACAUUCUGCUGCUGCACACACCCAACGCCGCCAUCCACAACCACCCACAUACUGCUUCUCCUCCCCGACCUCUCCUCGAUCUAUGGCUCACGGCACGAAAACCACGCCCGCGCCCACGGCACCUCCGAACGGCAUCGCGGGCUCCCCACACCCGCCGACUGUGAACCGGAAGAAGCAGAAACGGCGAGAGAAGGAAGCUGCGAAGAAGGCUGCUGUCCAGCAACAGGAGGCCCCGGUGCUUGCGAAGAAUGGCAUUCCUCAACAGCAUCACCAAACCCCAGCGCAACACCAUCCUUCCCGUCCGCAAGCCCCCCAGUAUCAAGACGCCGACUACGACGAUCCCCCAUACGACGAGGACGGGGAUUACUAUUCCGACGAAGACGUUCACAACCACUACGUGCAACAGUACCAGAGCAAUGGCCACUACCAACAAACCUAUGCGCCUGCACCCGCCGACCCAGGUAAGAAGAAGAAGAAAACUCAGCAUUCGCUAUCCCGGCAAUCUUCACACAACUACCAUCUUAUGUCAUCCCGUCCCCAACCUGUGUCACACAUGUCCAACGACGGCGAUCACAAGAACGGCUCGGAUAAAGACCGGAUAUGGAACACCAGCACUAUCGAGGAGCGCGAGCGCAUUCGUGAGUUCUGGCUGUCUUUGGGCGAGGAUGAGCGCAAGUCGCUAGUCAAAAUCGAGAAGGAAGCUGUCCUGCGGAAAAUGAAGGAACAGCAGAAGCACUCGUGCAGCUGCUCAGUGUGUGGGCGGAAACGCACAGCCAUUGAGGAGGAGUUGGAAGUGCUCUACGACGCCUACUACGAGGAACUCGAGCAGGCCCCGCUUUCCCGUCAAAUAAUAGCGCCGCCGCAUUCCGCCCCCGGUCACUUCGACGACACCGACGAAAUGUCUGGCGAAGAAGAAGAGGAAGAGGAUUACUCAAACAGUGAAGCCACUUCCGAGGAAGAGUACAGUGAGGAGGAUCGAAUGCCGCACCCGGACACCGAUUUCCUCCGGUUUGGCAACAGCCUACAAGUCAAAGGCGGAAUCCUAACAGUCGCAGACGACCUGUUAAAGAAUGAUGGGAAGAAAUUCAUUGAAAUGAUGGAACAGCUUGCCGAGCGCCGGAUGCAGCGUGAAGAGGAAGCUCAAUAUCACGGUCAAUCAGGAAUGGCGUACCGGUCGCACAACGCCCAUAAUCACCCGCCUCCGCCCGAAGAAGACGACUUCGACGACGAGGACGAUGACGAGGAAGCCUACGAGGAGGGUGAUUAUGAAGAGGACGAUGAGGAUGAAGAUGAUGCGAUGACCGAGGAGCAGCGGAUGGAAGAAGGCAGGCGUAUGUUCCAAAUAUUUGCCGCGCGAAUGUUCGAACAGCGAGUGCUUCAGGCAUAUAAGGAAAAAGUGGCUGCCGAACGACAAGCACGACUACUCGAAGAACUGGCAGAAGAAGACGACAAGAAGGAACAGAAGGAAGCGAAAAAAGCCAAAGAAGCUCAGAAACGGAAGGAGAAGAAAGAGAAGGCUAGGCUGGCCAAGGCUGCGGAAAAGGAAAAAAGGGAAGCGGAGCUGGCUGCCAGAGAGCAAGAAUUACGAGCUGCCGAAGCUGAGCGCCUGGAAGAGCAGAAGAGGAAAAGAGAGGAGCAGAGGAAAAAGCGGGAAGCUGGUCGAAAAGCUCAAGAGGAAGAGAAGCAGCGCAAAGAGGCGGAGCGGACAAGGCGCCAGCAAGAAGAGCGUGACCGUCAACAAGAGAUUGAGCGCAAGGCUCGAGAACAGAAAGCCCAGGAGAAAAAGGCCAGGGAUGAUGCAAAACGCAAGGAGCGCGAGGAGCGUGAAGCUAAAGAGAAAGAAGCUCGUGAGAAGAAGGCUCACGAUGAUAAAUCGAGGAGGGAACGUGAAGCACUCAAAGCCAAAGUCGAGAAGGAACGUAUUCAGAAGGAACAACAAGCUGCUGCUGCGUCCCAGGGUACUAUCCCAGCUGCGAAGAGAUCGUCACAGCCAGUUGCUCCGGCCUUACCACCUCAGCUUCUGAAGCAGAAUUCGUCAACUGGAUACCCAUCUCCGCACGUCACGCCAGCUGUUCCCAAAGCUCCUACUCCCAAUAGGCCUCGCCAAGGUUCCCAGCCAGGAUCUCAUGGAUCGUCACCCAAAGCCCAUCAUACUGCUCCCGGAACAAGCAGCAAAUCAAUGUCUCCGUCCUCGCAGACACAUAUACCCAUGAUUCCUAAAUCUAUAUUGACCAAACCGCCCGUCUCGCAGCAAUCUACACCAGCACCGCAUACGCAGCCAACAUCACCUAUGCCGCCUAUGGGACUACCACCGGGAAUGCCGAUUCCUCCUGGAAUGGGAUUAGGAAUGGCAAAUCUACCUCCGGGCUUGAAUGGUUUCCCCGGACAAGGCAUGAUGCCGAGUAUGAUGGGCCCUGGCCGUAAUGGGCCAAUGUUUCCACCACAGCCCGGAGCCCAAAACUUCCGACCAUUUCCUCCACCGGGUAUGCAAGGUCCCAACCCGAUGCAGAUGGGACGUGGCUUUCCCGUCAUCGAUGGACCUCCCCCUGGAUUUGGACCAAUGCCCGGUUUCCCUGGACCCAACAGUGUGCCCCAGUUUGGUAUGGGGAUGCCUGCACAUUCGCGACACACAUCGGGAUCGUUUGAUAAACCAACUACGGAGAGCCCCAUUACCGCGCCUCAAGCUCAACCUAUUCAACGGCCUGCGCCUAUCCAGCGACCCUCCAGUGUCAAGCCCCAUGAAGAGGGAAAGAUAAUGGGCAAUGAUGUCGACGAUCUUGCGAAGCACCUGGGUAGUAAAGCCUUGCUGGACGACGAAGACGACAUGCCAGAGUUCCCGGAAGCGGCUCGUCGUACCAGCCUUCAGCAACAUGGUUCCAUGAGAGGUGCACCUCUUGGUUUUGGCUUUGCGGACACUCCGGGACAAUCCAGGCCGGAUCUACACGCUCCAUUCGGAGGAUCAGCUGGUGGUAGCGUCUGGGGAACACCGCCGAUGCCCUUCCCGAUCGCUGGUGGCACCGGGUGGGGCAACUCGCCAACUUCAAGCAUGUUCAACAAUCCCUUCUCCAUGAUGAGUGUCCCACGGAACAACGAACAGCGAGGCCCCACGGAACCACGUCUAGCAUGGCUCCGCCGCAUUGUGUGCUCGACAUGCAAAAUGCUCGCGAUGCGGCAGCCUGGCACAGACGGCUACGCGGAUGCCAAUGAGGUUCAUAGCCACAUUAAUGCUUCGCGUGGCCCAUCAGAGCCCCCGGUAUCGAUGCAGGAGGUCAAGGAUGCAUGUGACGUGAUUGGUGACAACAACAACGGAGGUGGUAAUCUAGACUACAAGGAACUCCCCCCGGGUCAGCUUUCACACAUCAAGUUCGUUGAAGCUGAUGGUCCUCCUCCAACGCUCGGCGAGAUCGGGAGUCCUGUUCCCAGCCACAGCAUACCCGUUGGGGGUUUCGGGGCAGGAAGACCUUUCCCCGGUUUGGGACCCCCAGGCUUCUGAGCUGCCACAGCUGAAGGAGUCUAUGCGUGUAUCGUGUGCAGAUAUAUCCCCUUUUCAGUUUUUAGUCAUAGCAUGGCACUGCUAGUUCAGGUGAUGCAUGGGUUCUGGAGUCUAUAGCCUCUACUAUGCAGGUAAUAACUUUUGCUUCGGUCGGAGCUUGUAGCUUCCAGUCCAAGUAUACUUCUCUUGAACGCGAUUCUUGAAUUUGGUGUGUAAUGGCGUGAUGAUGUGAUGGGCGUGCUAAUCGCAAUCUACUCAGUCGUGCAAUGAGAAGACAAAGCAAGCAAAGCUGAAGCGCAAGUGGAACAGUGAAGCUGAUUCCAGCUACGUCAAUAUGUGUGGCGUCGCCUAAUAGGCCAUAGAUCCAUUC